GUGAUUUCCUGUUUCAUUCUCUGUACUACACCAUCCAAAAGGUGAUUACGCAGCGUCCACUGGAGAGAUAAGGUGCUUGUCAAAACGAACAUUGGAUUUAUCUUGUUAUCCUUGGACAAACCCUUCCUUGUUUUCAGAUCACUUUAGUAUCAACUGAAUGUCCGGCUAAAGUCAUGGAAUUUGCAUGUAGUCACAUUGUAUACAAUUCUCAAAGCAUAACCAGAAAAAGAGAAAAUGAUGCUGUUGAAAAUCAAUGCUAUUCGAUCACAAACUUCAGACCUCCAUCAGCACAGAUCCAAGAAAAUGUCCAUGAAUACAACAAUUGUUUCCUCUCAUCAUCUCCAGCUGGGAAGGAAUGUCUGUAUGCCACAGUACCGAAACUUGCACACAGGAGGAACCAAGCAAAGAGCCUCGGGCCACCAAUUGUGGCCAGGACAACACAACUGAAAGACAAUGAAGACAGCCAGGCUCCUCCUCUGCCUCCACGCCUCAGUAUUGAGAGGCCAGAUGUCUUCACUACACGUCAGCUCAGCACAACUCUACCAGCUAGACUGCAAUCACAACCCCAGAUCCCGCCACCACGGCCCAAGCGGGUUCCACAACCCUCAAAGAACUCCACUUCCCACACAAACUGGAAAGCAAAUAUAAACGUGGUUUCUCUUAACCUGGGAACGCUGGUAGAUAUAAAUAAUGUGCAAACCCAGGCAAUGGAAACCAUUUACUGCCAAAACUGUUCAGCAGCCCUGUCCUGCAUCAGCCGGGUUCACCAUAAACAUGCAGACAUAAUAUGGCCUUGCGAAUUCUGUCGAAAGCAUAAUGUUAUUACUCGAUCCUUCAGAACAGUACCCACCAGUCAAGAUGUCCUGUAUGUCCCUGAGUCCCUUGAUGAUGAUUACGUCAACGUGGAUGAUUGCUUGAUUAUCUUCUGUGUGGACAUCUCUGGAAGCAUGUGUGUGACUAAUGAGGUCAAGGCUGCAAAUAGUUUCGGGACAGCUCACAUAUCAAGACUGCAGAAUGUUCAAGAAGCCAUCUUGACCUCUUUGAACCAUAUGACUCAGACUUGUCCCCAGAAGCGAGUUGCCUUGGUGACAUUUAAUGAUGAGGUAACAAUCUAUGGUGAUGGAACACAGAUGCCUACCAAACUGAGUGAUUAUCAGCUGUUGGAUUCAGACUACCUAAGGGAAAAGGGGAGAGAUUAUCCAAGCCCACGAUGCAUUGCAGAGAGCCUUCAAACACUAAGCUAUAGGGUCAAUGAACUGAGAGAACAAGGUGCUACUGCCCUGGGUCCAGCGGCCCUUGUAGCAGUGUCCAUGGCAUCAAAGAGUCCUGGGUCAAAGGUAAUCAUCUGUACAGAUGGGAAAGCAAAUAUAGGCCUCGGAUACUUGGAGAGUGUGGAGGAAGAUAUGUACGCGUGUUCUAAACAGUUUUACACUGACUUAGGAGAGCAAGCAACUCUAAAUGGGGUAAUUGUAUCGGUUCUGACAAUAGAGGGCACAGACUGUAGACUGGCAGAACUUGGAAAAUUGGCAGAUCGGACAGGAGGAAGGGUCAACAUUGUUAACCCAGUUAAUUUGCCAAAUGAGAUUCAGGCAACUCUAGAAGAUGAUGUUAUUGCAACUGAUGUUACUGUCAGCUUUGUAGUCACUGAGCAGAUGUAUUUUAGAUAUGAAGAGCAAACAGGAAAUAAGCUAGUGAAGCAAGUUGGAAAUGUGACCAAAGAUACGGAGCUGACAUUUGAAUUUGGAAUAAAAGAAUCUCACAUUCAAUCUCUCCAAGAUAAUGAGAAGCUGCCCUUCCAGCUGCAACUAAACUUUACCACUCGAGAUAGAAGAAAGGCUUGUCGCAUUAUUAGUCAGGAGAAACAUAUCACAAACAACAGUUCCCUAGUUGAAGAGAGUGUGAAUAUAACUGUGCUGGGCAUACAUGCAGCACAGCUCAGUGGUCGCCUGACAAUGGAGGGCCGAGUGAAAGAAGCAUGUAACAAGAUGGCAGAACAGAAGGAGCUCAUCCAAAAGAUUGUUGAAAAGAAACAUAAUCAAGAAGAGGAUGACAUUUAUCAAAACUGGCUGCGAUCAGUCGCAGUUGUGUGUGAAGACCUCACACAUACGGAGGAGGUGGGAAGUGCGGCAAAGUCAAAAAAUGAAGAAAAAAGUGACUCUGUUUUCAAGAUGUUGUCCGAUGAAGUUGCAAACACGGUUUAUCGUCUAAAGAAUGCAAGAAGUAGAAUGUUGAAGAAGCCAGUGCCUAAACCAACAGCUGCUCCAUUGCCAAUGACUUAAAUCCAAGGAAAUUGGAGAAAUUGAUCACCUGAAACUUUGUAAAUGAACUGUGCAAUUUUUCAUUGUAGUUUUACAAAUAUAACUUCCUGUAUAGAAAAUUUAACUCUUUGUAUUUUUACUGUAAAAGGCCAAACUUGCUUUCCUUUGUGAGAGCUGAGCAAGAUAUUCCAUUGUGUUGCUGAGUGGAGAGUUCAAGGAUUUUAACACAACAGUGCUGAAAAAUUAGCAAGAUUCAUCUCAUGGUUUCCAUUGGCGCUGCUACCCUGUCUUUAAAGCAAGAUGACAAGUUGCGGAUUUACCAGUUAUGCUGUGGCAUUGCCUCUUUUGGUGGUAUAUGUUGGAGUCAUCAUGGACAUAGACCACAGUUCAGCACAGCACGCUAUAGGCCUUUUGACACAGAAACUCUUCGGCUCUCAUUGAAACCCAUCGUAUUUUGGAAGGUCCAGAUAGAGUGAAUGUGGAGAGGAUAUUUCCUAUAGUGGGGGAAUUCAGGGCCAGAGGGCACAGCCUUAGAACAGAAGGAUGACCCCUUAGAACAGAGACGAGGAGAAAUUUCCUUAGCCAGAGAGUGGUGAAUCUACGGAAUUCAUUGUCACAAACAGCUGAGGAUGCCAAGUCAUGGGGUACAUUUAAAGUGGAGGUUGAUUGGGUUCUUGAUUAGUAAGCCAUCAAAGGUUAUGUGAAGGCAGGAGAAUGGGUUUGAAAGGGAUUAUAAAUCAGCCAUGAUGGAAUAGCAGAGCAAACUUGAUAGGCUGCAAGGCCUAAUUCUGCUCUUUAUGUUAUGCCAACCAUUUACCCUACUCGGUGAUCAAUCCAACUCCUCCCUUCCACAUAGCCCUCCAUUUUUCUUCCAUCUAUGUGCCUAAGAAUCUCUUGUGUCCCUAAUGUAACUGUCAUGUACUUACUACUCUGUCUAAAUCAGCCUACUACUCACACCUUUCCCAUACAUUCCUCAAUCACCUUAAAGUAUGUCCUCUUGUAUACAGCCAUUGCCACCUUGGGGAAAAAAGGCACUGGCUGUCCACCCUAACUGCCUCUUAUCAUCUUAUACACUUCUAUCAAGUCACCUUUCAUCCUCCUUCAUUCCAAAGAGAAAAGUUCCAACUUACUCUUCCACAAAUCAAGAGAAAAGCUUGAGCGACUGAUAGUUUAAAAAUGGUAGUAGAGGUGUCAAUCAAAUAACCUCAUUUGACUGGAUAAAAUUGAAAUCUUUGCGUUUAACCUUUAGGACCUGAGUGUAGGCACUCAUUCUUUAGAAACAAUUCUUUUGAUUCCCUUCUCUCUCCAGCCCCUUCAUUUCAUCCCAUGAACCUGGCCAAAUAGUGUUGAUUUUCAAGGAUCAACUCAAUAAGCAUUUGUUGGGUUCUCUUCAUGCUGAAUGACACGGCAAUUAAAUUAGCAGUAGGAAAUAAAAUUUUAGUUUAAGUUUUAGCCUGAUGAUGACACACAUGAUGAGCAGUUAAUUUUCAAGAUUCAUUCAUAUAACUUUUUACUACAAAGAUACUCAUUGCUACUGCGAUAUUAAAAAGUUUAAUGUGCUCAUCAAGACUUCAAAAUGACCCAACUGAAUUUUUUUAUGCUAAAUCCUGGGUUGAAAUAUCAAUUGUUACUGGUUAACAUUAAAUGAAGAUGAGUCAGGCUGGAAUUCAGAGCAGAAGACAAGGCAAAUAUGAAUGGACAAAACAGAUGAAAGGUAAAAUGCUUGUGCAUAUUGAAUAAGACAACACUGAAACUUACUAAAUAUAAUUCUUAAGGGGGUUAUCGAGGUUAAAUGCUGAAAGGCAGAUUAUCUUGGCUGUGGUCCAGAACUAGGCUUCAUUGCUAAAAUAGACCAUUCUCCUUUUAGGACCAAGUUGAGGAUAAAGUUCUUUAUAAACAAGUUUCUACAGCUUUGAAAGGCUAUGAAGGAAUAGUUGAAUAAGUUUGUUCAAUAAUUAAAUUGAUACAUAUUUAGGCACUAUGAGAUUAAGGGAAUGAAGCAGGAAACAAAAGGACUAGGAUCAGGAGUGAGCACUCCAGUUUGGAGAUUUAGUAAUUUGGUCAUUGCUUUGUCAAAUGACAGGGUUGCUUUAUGAGCAGUUUUACUCUUCUUCCUACAAAGGUGGUAGGUGAGAAAGUUACAGGCAGUUGGAACUAAAGUUCCUGUUCCUGAUAAUUAAUGCAUUUUGGUCAGGCAUUCAAUUGGCUCAUUUUCCUUUCCACAUUUUACUUGCCACAAUACUGAAAAUGGUAGAUUCAUUCCAAUCCAAUUACUAUAAUGUGUAACUAAACUCAACAACUAGAGAGUCGCAGAUCCCACCUCCAGUCUGAACAUGUUUGGAGCAAUAGCCAGCAGUGAUGGUGAUUCGGUUGCAAGAGGAAGAACAACCAAUAAUGUGACUCAAGAGCACUGUGACCUGAAUAUUCAGGAAAAAGUACAUGCAAUUGCAUGCUAUUGAAAGGACUGUCAAUUUUCACUGUCUAAGCCUACACAUUAAUUCCAAUCAUCUGGGUAUAACAGCAUCCACAGAACUAUGUACAACAAGGAUAUUGCAAGUGGGUAAAAGCAGGGUAGUGCAGGAAAAGAGGAAUGUAAGCAAUUAAAUUACACCAACUUGGUUUAUAUAAUUUAUUAACAAAUGUUAGGCUGCAACAUUAAUCUCAGGUAGAGCUGGAGGACUGAAAUUGUUUUUUUCUCACGUACAAACAACAGCCUACCAUUCUUUAGUACUGUCGAUGAACAAAUUCACACCAGUAAUUUUUAAUGUCAAAAAUAAGCACUUUACAAUGAAAGUACAGACAAAGAUAAACCAGGAUACACAAAUCAAAUGUACGAAUGGAAGGCAAAUCCUAUUAGAAUAAUAAAAUUCAAAUUAGUCAUUACAUGCAUCAGGGUAACACCAACAGCAUUUAACUAUGUUCAGCUCAGUUACACUAGAUUUACUAAUUGGCCAACGACAUUAUAAGAUAGGCAAAACAGGUCAACAAAUCAUGAAAUGGUCCAUUAUGAAAAGUUUUGUGUGUCCCAUUGUAAAGCAAUCAAUACAUCAGCAAUUAUUGCAUGGUAGUUAUACACAACAAUGCUUUGUGUACAAAUUCAACAUUUAUAAAAUUGGAACCACGUUUUAACAGAAAUAACUUCAAAACAGAAUUACAAUCUUCCAGCAUAUUCACAGAAAAUUGAAUGCACAGUCCAAAAAUGAGAUGACUGGCAUGUAGUAGGACACAACAGAUCUCAAUUGUGCGUCUAAGAGAAUCAGAACUCUUUCAGCACUCUCUGAAAGUAAAACUAGGAUUCUCAGGAUCAUUACUGUAGAAUGGAAAACCCAGUCUUUUGCUAUUGCAAAGACCCAACAGUAAUUAGGCCUGUGGUGUCCCUGCCGAGAGAUUCACAUUCACUUAGGAUUCCACUUAAUCAUGCUAGUACUCUACGCAGUGAAGAACAACAAUCAAUUUCUCACAAUUUUGUUUUUAACUUCAGGAUUUUAUUGAGGUCCCACAUUCUCAACCAUUUUAAGUAUGAAUGAAGUCCACAAAGUAUCUGUAAUCAUUUACCUUCUUUUGUUGUUAUUUCUUAAAAGGUUUACAACUUUACCCUGUAUGGUGAGCUUCAUUUCAAUCUAAGAGUUCUUCAAAGUACUGUAUAUGCAGUUAGAAAGGACAGUUUUCAUUCCACUUGAUACUGUUAAACAGAUGUCUUACAUAUAAAACAUCCUGGCCAAAUAACUCCUUUAAACAUCCAUGGAAGUUAUGCUUUAAACACAAUUCAGGCCAAUAAUUCAGUAUUUACUCAGAGUUUAGAUAAUAUGCAUUAUCUACAUUUUUUUAAGAACAGAAAAGGCAGAAGACUAUUCAGCAUUUGAGACUUGUUCUGUGGUAGUUCAUCUGAACCAGGCUAAAGUCUAACUGCAACUAAUACCUUGUCAGUAUCUUUACAAUCAACCUCUUUGUGUUUAGCUUUAUUGAAAAGAAAAUGUCAUCAAUUUAAUCGUUUCAUAAAUAAAAUAUAUUUAUGAUGAAGCUCUCUAAUGCUCUACACAAUGUCUGUGGCCAAUGUAUAUUACUCCAAGUCAUACCAUGGCAUAGUGAACAUAAAAUAUGAAAAACUGAUUGGAAUGUAACCUAGUCUAUUUGAGCAUCAACUGUAAGAGCAUCAAUAAGACAUGGGUUAAAUUUAUCUGCAACACGAGUGAAUCUGCAGAUGCUGGAAAUAAAUAAAAACACAAAAUGCUGGCAGAACUCAGCAGGCCAGACAGCAUCUAUGGGAGGAGGUAGUGACGACAUUUCGGGCUG